UCGAACUGGGGCUCGUCGUAUUUCCUGUUCUAAACUUGUCGUGGCAUCGCUAAGCGGUGUGCAUUAAAAUUUACGAAGCUGCGAUAAACGCGAGGAAGACGGUGAGAACAGACAGAUUUCGUCGUGUUUUGUCGAUGAUUGAUGUUUAUUAUCGCAAGAUUACGAAAAGAAAACCAAUGUCCUUAUGUCGAAUUCGAGAGGAGCACUUUUUGCCUGCACUAAGUGCAACAGCAGACAUCCAUUUGAUGAAUUAUCGGCAGGCCAACAACUGUGUAAGGAUUGCAGAGGUGCUUAUCCUGUUGUAAAAUGUACUUACUGCAGAACAGAAUUUCAACAAGAAAAUAAAAGCAGUACAAAUGCCAUCUGCAAAAAAUGUGCACAGAAUGUGAAGAUAUAUGGCACGCCCAAACCAUGUGAGUACUGCAAUGUGAUAGCAGCCUUUAUAGGAAACAAGUGUCAGAGGUGUUCUAACUCAGAGAAGAAGUAUGGCCCACCACAUACCUGUGAACAGUGUAAACAAAAGUGUGCUUUUGACAGGAAAGAUGAAAGGAAAAAGGUGGACGGCAAGUUGUUAUGCUGGUUAUGCACAUUAUCAUACAAACGGGUACUUCAGAAAGCGAGAAAGCGAAAAUAUGAAUUGACCAACAGGGAACACCAUCGAAACUCCUCCACCGAUGCAGGGACUAGAGGCAGCAACAAUGGCAGUGGCAGCACUGGAGGCGGCGCAGGGGGAGGUGGAGGAACCACCGGAAACGGAGGAGGUGGGACAAACACCCCUUCUGCCCUGUCCCCAACUACAAAUGCCACCGCUGUCACCAAUCAGAACACUGCAUCACCUCUUAAGAACAGGAAUCGUGACACACCUACCUCAAUGGGCCGUAAUCGCCCUGAGAACUUGUCUUCAGGGGGUGGUGGCAGCAGUGGCUCGGGAUCAGGUAGCAAGUUUGGCCGGGAGUCAUCGAGAGAAGGAAGGGACAGAGGAGGAGAAAAAGAAAGAGAGCGAGAAAGGCAUAGAGAUAGAAAUCGUGAUAGGGAUAAAGACAAGAAAGAGGAUCAUCGGCAUCAUAAAUCAUCCAAAUCUAAUGACAAGAAACAAACACUCCAUGAACCAGAUGUCAAGAGGACCAAAUUAGAACACUCCAGUAAUGGAACCUUGCCAUCUGCAUCGUCCAAGACAGACAUGACCUUUAUUGACCCAGGAAAUACAGACCAUAUGGUAGCCAUGACCCAGCUAAGAGAACAAGUAGCUUCAUUGAAGAAAGUCUUAGCAGAAAAGGAGAAAGCUAUUCUAGAGAAAGAUAAGAAGUUGACAGAGGUGAAAGCAAUCCAGAUGCAGAUUGAAAAAGAUCUCAGGGCCAAGCUACAGACACUCCAAAAAGAACACCAGGACACUGUAGAUGAUUUACAGGCUAAAAACCGUGCACUCACAAAACAGGUAGCUCAACUUUCCAAGACAUCAAAAGACAGAGACAAAGAAAAAGAUAAAGAGAAAUUAAUAAUAUGACAAACAAACAAUGGACAUUCACACUCAUGAAAUGUGGAUAUAUUUAAGACUGUUCUUAGUAAUCAUCAUGAAGGCAUUCAAGGAAAUGAGAAGCAAAGUGGCAAGUACCAUGGAUGUAUCACUGAGGAUGUUAAUGAAGACAAUCCCAUAGGAAAGGGUGUAGGGAGUUUAGUAUGAGUAUUUCUUACCCUAACUCCUUCAGAGGGAGAGGUCUUCCAGAUGAGCUAUUGCUUUGGAGGAAAUUCCCACUGAUAGCUCUUAUAAAGCAGCAUCAGUUACUGCAGCGGGUGAACAGCUAGAACCUACAUGAUAUUGCAUGCGUGAGAAAUGGUAUACGCCUGUAAAGGCAAUGAUAGAUGGUGUAGAGCAUCAAUGAGUUGAACCCUGUGAGUAUACCUAGGACUCUCCCCAGCAACAAGCUAGGGUUUCUUGCCAUCAAUCAAUCAUCUUUGAAUCAGGGCCAGGGAGGGGGGAUGCUUCAUAAAGCUGUUUAGGUAUUACUUUACACACAACCAUUGAUCCUUGUGUUUAAUUGACAUUCUGAUGUAGGUGAUUGAUGACCUGAGAAGAUGUUCCAUGUGUGUUAAGUCAUGCGUAAUUAAAAUGAACAGCUUUAUGAAAGACCACCCAGGUUUCAUGAAGUAUGUCAUCAAUAGCAAGUUACAAGCAAAUGUUAUAAGCUACUGAGAGUGCUGUUUGAUUGGAUUAGAGCAAAUUUGUCACCAAUUUCCAGAAGCCUUUGUUAUGAAUAUUGAUAUCAGUGUGUCUGAUUCUAGUCAACCCAGAUUUAAGUAUUUAUUUUUGUUUUUAAUUUCAAUUUGCAAUUCAUUCUUAAUAUUCUAGUAUUGUUCAGUAUGUGCCUAGCAAAUAAUGAAAUAUUAAUAAUAAUGUUACUUAUAAAGCACCAAAUCCACUCUGUAGUGUGCUCAAGGUGCAAAAGUACAAAACAUGUUCAGAACAUAAGUUUACAUUUUGUUUUUUGGUUGGUAUGUAGUGUCUUCCCCCUUGCCCUUUUCUUUCUUCCAACAAACUUUUUUACCAUGAAGGGGGGUGUCACAAAGCUUGACUUUACAUACAAUGUUUUACCUGUGAUCUGGAGUUGACAGAGAUACCUAUAGUUUCAAGGGGGGGUAUAUAUUUUAGGGGCUAUUGGCUGCUUUCCUGUACAAUAAUUAAUAUUAAUAAUAUUUUUUUUAAGUCAAACUGGUUGAAAACUUCUUUUAAGUAGUGAAUUUUGUAUUCAUUGCCAGGUAGCAAGUCUGGCAGGGGCCUGGGAGAACGAUUUUAAAUGGGUUGCUGAUGUAAAUUUUAAAAACAACACCCCCCCCCCCAAAAAAAAAAGGUUUUCACUA